AUGAAAACCCCUACAGUACUACAAAGUAGACUACGGCAUUUCUUUGGCAGAAUUGUGGUUACGGUGUACGAUACCCCAAGUACCCUACCAGGGCAAAACCCCUUCCGAACACAACAGUCCCAAUCCACACAACGACAACGUCACUCCAGAAAUUUCCCUAGCUCUCAACCACACAAAGUUGCAAUCAUGCUUAUUCCUAAGGCCGACCGUAAGAAGAUCCAUGAGCACAUCUUCCGCGAGGGAGUUCUCGUCGCAAAGAAGGACUUCAACCUUCCCAAGCAUACCGACAUUGACACCAAAAACCUCUAUGUCAUCAAGGCUUGCCAGUCUCUCACCUCUCGUGGAUACCUUAAGACCCAGUUCUCUUGGCAAUACUACUACUACACCUUGACCCCCGAGGGUCUUGACUACCUUCGCGAAUGGCUCCAUCUCCCCGCGGAGAUUGUUCCAGCCACUCACGUUAAGCAGAACCGCAGCCAUGCACCCCCCAGGGGAAUGUUGAGCGGUGAUGGUGACAGAAGGCCAGGUGGUGGGCGUGGUGGUGAGAGGGGUGACAGGGAGGGCGGGUAUAGAAGAAGAUUCGGAGACAAGGAUGGUGGUAAAGACACUCAAACUGGCGAAUUCCAACCUCAAUUCCGUGGCGGAUUCGGUCGUGGACGUGGUGCUCCUCCUGCGGGACAGUAAAUGUUCCCGGAGGUGUUUCUUUUCCUUUUUUCCAUUGUUAGCUCUUCUUCCUUAUCUUAACCGGUUUUCCCGUAUGUCACGAAAAUUAAAAUCUUGACAAAUCAUUCACACAAUUUAGAAGUUCGCACCAUACUAGAAGAAGAAAAUACCGCCAAUCGUCGGAAGAAGGGGGAAAGCUAGAGGUAGAAUAUGGAAGGGGGGGGGCUAAACAAAUAAAGUACUCAAAAAGCGUUUUU